CUGCCUGCGCCCCCUCCUCUGGGUUCCCUUCUUGCUUUGUGACCCCCCUCCUUCUCCCCCAAACCCACUGUGAGCAGUUUGUAGAAUCACAGCGUGGCCUGGGGCGGAAAGGAUCGCAGUGAUCAUCUGCCUCCAAACCCCUGCUGUGUGCUGGGGUGCCAAGAGGCUCAUAGGGACCCACAGAUCCCCAUAGGGACACACAGAUCCCCAUAGGGACCCAUGGAUCCCCAUACGGACCCAUGGAUCCCCAUAGGGACACGCAGAUCCCCAUAGGGACACACAGAUCCCCAUAGGGACCCACGGAUCCCCAUAGGGACCCACAGAUCCCCACAGAGACCCACAGAUCCCCAUAGGGACCCACAGAUCCCCACAGAGACCCACAGAUCCCCAUAGGGACCCACAGAUCCCCACAGAGACCCACAGAUCCCCAUAGGGACCCACAGGGGCACAUAGGGACACAUAGAGAUGCAUAGAAUCCUAGGAUGGCCUGGGUUGCAAAGGAGCACAACGGCCAUCAGCUCCAACCCUGCUGUGUGCAGGUCACCAGUCACCACUGCAGGCUGCCCAGAGAACUCAUGGGGUGCCACAGGGGUCUGUAGGGUGCCAUAAGAUCCAUAGGGAGCCAUAGGGAUCCAUAGGGUGCCAUAGGGAUCCACAGGGUGCCAUAGGGAUCCACAGGGUGCCAUAAGGAUCCAUAGGAUGCCACAGGGAUCCAUAGGGAGCCAUAGGGAUCCACAGGGUGCCAUAGGGAUCCACAGGGUGCCAUAAGGAUCCAUAGGGUGCCAUUAGGAUUCAUAGAAUCAUAGAAUCCUAAGAUACCCUUGGUUGCAAAGGAGCAGAGCAGCCAUCAGCUCCAACCUCCUGCUGUGUGCAGGGUCGCCAACCAGCAGCCCAGGCUGCCCACAGAACCCAUGGGCUGCCAUAAGGAUUCAUAGGGUGCCAUGGGGACCCAUAGAAUCAUUGACUCAUAGGAUGCCCUGGGUUGCAAAGGCCCACAACAGCCAUCACCUCCAACCCUGCUGUGUGCAGGAAGCCAACCAGCAGCCCAGGCUGCCCACAGAACCCAUGGGGUGCCAUAGGGAUCCAUAGGGAGCCAUGAGAACCUACAGGGUGCCAUAGGGACCCACUGGGUGCCAUUAGGAUUCAUAGAAUCACUGACUCAUAGAAUGGCCUGGGCUGCAAAGGACAACAGUGUUCACCUCAUUCCAAUCCCCUGCUGUGUGCAGGGUCACCAACCAGCACUACAGGCUGCCCUGAGAACCCAUAGGGUGCCAUAGGGAUCCAUAGGGUGCCAUAAUCAUAGAAUCAUCAUAGAAUCCUCGGAUGCCCUGGGUUGCAGAGGCCCACAACAGCCAUCAGCUCCAACCCUGCUGUGUGCAGGUCACCAACCAGCAGCCCAGGCUGCCCACAGAACCCAUGGGGUGCCAUAAGGAUUCAUAGGGUGCCAUGAGACCCUACAGGGUGCCAUAGGGAUCCAUAAGGCGCCAUAAGGGACCCACAGGGUGCCAUUGGGAUCCAUGGAAUCAUUGGGUUGCAAAGGAUCACAAUGUUCACCUCAUUCCAACCCCCUGCUGUGUGCAGGGUCACCAACCAGCAGCCCAGGCUGCCCAGAGAACCCAUAGGGUGCCAUAGGGAUUCAUAGGGUGCCAUAGAUACCUAUGGGGGGGCCAUAGGGACCCAUAGAAUCAUUGACUCAUAGAAUGGCCUGGGUUGCAAAGGCCCACAGCGGCCAUCAGCUCCAACCCUCUGCUGUGUGCAGGGUCACCAACUACCAGACCAGGCUGCCCAGAGAAUCCAUAGGAUGCCAUAAGGAUCCAUAGGGAGCCAUUAGACCCUACAGUGUGCCAUAGGGACCCAAAGAAUCAUUGACUCAUUGAAUGGCCUGGGUUGCAAAGGCCUACAACAACCAUCACCUCCAACCCUGCUGUGUGCAGGUCUCCAACCAGCAGCCCAGGCUGCCCAGAGAACUCAUGGGGUGCCAUAGGGAUCCAUAGGAGCCAUGAGACCCCACAGGGUGCCAUAUGGACCCACAGGGUGCCAUAGGGAUCCAUAGGGUGCCAUAGGAAUGCACAGGGGGCCAUAAGGAUCCAUAGGGAGCCAUGAGACCCUACAGUGUACCAUAGGGAUCCAUAGGAUGCCAUAGGGACCCAUAGAAUCAUGGACUCAUUGAAUGCCCUGGGUUGCAAAGGCCUACAACAGCCAUCAGCUCCAACCCUGCUGUGUGCAGGUCUCCAACCAGCAGCCCAGGCUGCCCAGAGCCACAUCCAGCCUGGCCUCCAAUGCCUGCAGGCCUGGGGCAUCCACAGCCUCCUUGGGCAACCUGUGCCAGCGCCUCACCGCCCUCUGCCUGAAAAUCUCCCUCCUCACAUCCACCCUCAACCUCCCUGUCUCACUUUCAGGCCCUUCCCCCUGUCCUGUCGCCAUCCCCCCUCACAAGCAGCCGUUCCCCCCCCUGCAGCUCCCAGCCCUGCAGUGCUGCAUGCACGCAGCCCCAGCUUUGCCCUGGAGCUCUGCAGCCGGUGCAACCCGCUUGGCAGGAGGCACAGGGAUGUGCUGAGCCCAAAUGGUGGGGAGCCCGCAUGCAAAACCCUCUGAGCCCCACGGCUGUGUGCGUGGGCUCUGCGCCUCGCCGCCGUCUCCUCCCCAUGGCUGUUUGCGAGCACCUCGCCCCAAUUUGGGGCUCUGCCACCCGUUUCCAUGGGAACUGGACGAGUCACCGGAGCAAAUUGGGUUCCGUGAAUCCCACGGGGGCUUUUUUGGGGGGGCUGAAGCCCCUGCAGAAAGGAGACGGGAGGCAGCAGGGUGGUUCAGUGCCUUCCAUGCGCCGCUGCAUCGCCUGCCCCUGCACUGCAAGCACUGCAAUCACUGCAAUCACUGCAAGCACUGCAAGCACUGCAAUCACUGCAAGCACUGCAAGCACUGCAAUCACUGCAAGCACUGCAAGCACUGCAAGCACUGCAAGCACUGCAAUCACUGCAAGCACUGCAAGCACUGCAAGCACUGCAAUCACUGCAAGCACUGCAAUCACUGCAAGCACUGCAAUCACUGCAAGCACUGCAAUCACUGCAAGCACUGCAAGCACUGCAAGCACUGCAAGCACUGCAAUCACUGCAAGCACUGCAAGCACUGCAAGCACUGCAAUCACUGCAAGCACUGCAAUCACUGCCAGCACUGCAAGCACUGCAAGCACUGCAAGCACUGCCAGCACUGCAAGCACUGCAAGCACUGCAAGCACUGCAAGCACUGCAAGCACUGCAAGCACUGCCAGCACUGCAAGCACUGCCAGCACUGCAAGCACUGCAAGCACUGCAAGCACUGCAAGCACUGCCAGCACUGCAAUCACUGCAAUCACUGCAAGCACUGCAAUCACUGCAAUCACUGCAAUCACUGCAAUCACUGCCAGCACUGCAAUCACUGCAAUCACUGCAAUCACUGCAAUCACUGCCAGCACUGCAAUCACUGCAAUCACUGCAAUCACUGCCAGCACUGCAAUCACUGCAAGCACUGCAAGCGCUGCCAGCACUGCCAGCACUGCAAGCACUGAGCGCUGAGCGCUGAGCCCUGUGAGCCCCUCGCCGUGCUGCAGGGCUGUGGGGGGGAGCAGCAGGGCCUCCCCUCACCCCA